AUGAGCCCUAGUGGUGGCCCAGCAUCAGACUUAUUCCAGUGGUGGGACAGUUCAACUAACACCUCUGCAAAACAAACAAAGGAAACCAUGAUCCUCCGGUCUUCGUUACUCAUCUGCCUCUUCCUACUCUUCUCCGGGUCCUGUGAAUUUUUUGCCGAAGCAAAUUUUUCUCGAAGCUUCCCUUGCGACGAGAGAAGGCAGAAUGGCUCUGUCAUUGCAGAAUGUGACCGUCGUCAACUGAAAGAAGUCCCCCGCACAGUGGGCAGGUCCGUGAUGGAACUAGACCUGUCGGAGAAUUUCAUCACGCGCAUUACAAAUGAAUCCUUUCAAGGGCUGCCAAAUCUUAUGAAAAUCGAUCUGAACCACAAUGCGAAGCUACAGCAUCGGAAUGAGAACCCGGGUACGUAUAUGGAAGGCAUGAAGAUUACAGAUGGAGCAUUCCAGAACCUCAGAAACCUAAGCGUGUUACUGCUCGAAGACAACCAGUUAGACAAAGUCCCCGUUGGUUUGCCGGCAUCUUUGAGAGUUCUUAGCCUUAUCCAAAACAACAUCACCGCAGUGACUCAAAAGAAUACUUCCGACCUAACGCACUUGGAGAGGCUUUACUUAGGCUGGAACUGCUAUUUUGGCCAUGGUUAUAACAAAACUUUUGACGUGGAAGACGGACCCUUUCAGAAGCUGACGCAUUUGAAAAUACUCUCGCUCUCCUUCAACACGCUGCUGCACGUGCCCGGCAAACUGCCGCGCUCCCUGACCGAACUUUAUCUUAGCAACACCAAGAUCCAAAACAUCAGUCAAGAUGACUUCAAGGAAUUGAAAAAUUUAACAACACUCGAUUUAAGCGGGAACUGUCCGAGAUGUUUCAAUGCGCCUUUUCCAUGCGAACCCUGCCAAGGAGAUGCCUCGCUUCAGAUCCACCCCCUGGCGUUUCAAACGCUGACCCAACUUCUCUACCUCAACCUCUCCAGCACUUCCCUCCGAAAGGUCCCCGCAACGUGGUUUUACAACAUGCCUCGACUCAGGGUGCUGUACCUGGAAUUCAACUACUUAGUGCAUGAAAUCGCUUCUGGGGAAUUUUUAUCAUACCUGCCCUCUUUAGAAUGCCUUGACUUAUCUUUCAAUUAUGCCAGGACAGAAUACCCACAACAUGUUAAUAUUUCAAACAAUUUUUCUAAGCUUGUGUCUCUCAAGGUGCUGCAUUUAAGGGGUUAUGUGUUCCAGGAACUUAGCAAAGAAGACUUCCUGCCCCUAAUGGCGCUCCCCAAUUUAGAGACGAUCAACUUGGGCAUUAAUUUUAUUAAGCAGAUUGAUUUUACCAUUUUCCAACAGUUCCGAAACCUGAGUGUUAUUUAUUUGUCAGAAAACAGAAUCUCACCCUUGGUGGGUGCCAGGCAAUCUUCCCAGAGCCAUAUCCUUAAGCCACGCUCAGCGUAUACUGAGUUUGACCCGCAUUCAAAUUUUUAUCAUAGCACUCACCAUUUAAUGAAGCCUCAAUGUAGCCGUUAUGGCAAAGCCUUAGAUUUAAGUCUGAACAGUAUUUUCUUUAUUGGGCCAAAACAAUUUCAAGCUUUUGGUAACAUCUCCUGCUUAAAUCUGUCAUCCAAUGGCAAUGGCCAAGUGUUACAUGGCAAUGAGUUUUCAGAUAUACGUCAUCUCAAAUAUUUAGAUUUGACCUUCAAUAGACUAGACUUUGAUGAUGAUAAAGCUCUCACUGAAUUAACCGACUUGGAGGUACUUGAUCUCAGCUCUAACUCGCACUAUUUUAAAAUAGCUGGAGUAACACAUCGUCUGGGAUUUAUUAAGAAUUUAACGCAGCUCCAAGUUUUAAACCUGAGCUACAAUGACAUUUACACUUUAACCGAGUUUGAACUAACCAGCAAGUCCCUGGUGGAAUUAGUUUUCCGUGGAAACCGCCUUGAUCGUUUGUGGUAUGGGGGAGACAGCAGAUACUGGUCCAUUUUCACCCAUCUCAGCAAUCUAACCCGGCUUGAUUUAUCUUACAAUAACCUGCACCACAUCCCAAAUCAGGCAUUCCUUAACUUUCCCCAGAGCCUCACCUAUCUCUAUAUAAACAAUAAUCUGUUAACGUUUUUUAACUGGACAUUACUCCAGCAAUUCCCUCGCCUCUGCUUUCUUGACUUAAGUAGAAACAAGCUCACCACUGUCACGAAUAGCCUGUCUGCAUUCACGUCUUCUCUACAGACACUGGUGCUGAGGCAGAACCAGAUCACCCAUCUGCCCUCUGGUUUCCUUGCGGAAGCCAGAAGUCUGAUCCAUCUCGAUUUAAGUUACAAUCUGCUCAAGAGGAUCCAGAAGUCUGCGCUUCAAACCAAGACAGCCACCAAUCUAACUGUCUUAGAUCUAAGAGGCAACCCUUUUGACUGUACAUGUGAGAUUGGGGAUUUUCGAAGAUGGAUGGAUGAGAAUCUAAACGUCUCAAUCCCGAGACUGACAGAUGUCAUCUGCGCCAGUCCCGGGGAUCAAAGAGGGACGUGUAUUGUGAGUCUCGAGCUCAUGACUUGUGUGUCGGAUACCAUUGCGGCGAUACUAUUUUUCUUCACAUUCUUCAUCACCGCCAUGGUGAUGCUGACUGCCCUGACUCACCAUUUGUUUUACUGGGACGUUUGGUUCAUCUACCAUGUGUGUUUAGCAAAGAUUAAAGGGUACAGGUCUCUUUCCACGUCGCAAACUUUCUACGAUGCUUACAUCUCGUAUGACACCAAGGAUGCUUCUGUCACAGACUGGGUGAUCAAUGAGCUGCGCUUCCACCUGGAGGAGGAGAAUGAGCACAAACAUGUUCUCCUUUGUUUGGAGGAGAGGGAUUGGGAUCCGGGAUUAGCCAUCAUUGAUAACCUCAUGCAGAGCAUCAACCAAAGCAAAAAAACCAUAUUCGUCUUAACCAAAAAAUAUGCCAAGAGCUGGAACUUUAAGACAGCUUUCUACUUGGCCCUGCAGAGGCUGAUGGAGGAGAACAUGGACGUGAUCAUUUUCAUUCUGCUGGAGCCAGUGCUGCAGCACUCUCAGUAUCUGAGGCUGCGGCAGCGCAUCUGCAAGAGCUCCAUCCUCCAGUGGCCGGACAACCCCAAGGCAGAGGGCUUGUUCUGGCAAAACCUGAGAAACGUGGUCUUAACUGAAAAUGAUUCGCGUUAUAAUAAUCUCUAUGUUGACUCCAUUAAGCAGUACUGACUGAUGUGAAGUCAGGGUGCAACCACACAGUGAGGUUCACCUGCACAGCAAUCCCACUUCCAUCUCAUGGGCUAUUGCUGUAGGACCAAUUACCUUCCAAGUGGAUGGCUAAAAACAUGUUAUUUAUCAGUUCACAGUUUCUCUGCAUCUGGACUCAGGAUCCGGCUUACACAGGUACUCUGCUUGUGGUCUUCUCCCCGAGGUGACCACUUGGCCCACAGACAUCUCCUGGAGAAGAAUCCACCUCCAAGAUCAUCGGCCAGUAGUAGUUGCCGGGAUUCUGUUUCCCGAGGGCUGCCGGCCAAGGGCUGUGCUCAGUGCCUUGCCACGUGGGCUUCUUCCACGGGUCAAUUUGUUUCCUAAAAGCCAGCAAAGAAAGUUUUUACCACCAAGAUGGAAGGCACAAGGCUUUAUCAUACUAUGGUGGAAGUGACAGCCUAUUCCUUUUGCCACAUUUUAUUUUGGAGACGUGAACCGCUGGCUCCACUCAUAAUCCACACAAUUCCUCCACCAAGGAAGCAGUCUGUGACCAAGACAGUUGCUGUGUACCUCUAGUCCAGGGACAGCACUGAAGGCUGUUGAAGGAGGACAUUAGCACAGCCAUUGCCAGAGGAAAAGUGUGAUGACUGAAAUGGGGACAAAUGAUUGUCUCACUUUAAGGGAAGCAGUCUAUGACAGAUGCUAAGCUUGAUUCCGUCCAGGGAAAAGAACCGAUGACGAUGGAGAUGGAUGACAGAGAUGGCAACUCUGAUCCCUCAGACCAGGAAAGACACUUAAGAGCUGAGAUAGAUCUCUAAGAGGUGCCGAAUGCACCAGGUGACACUGUCAGAGGAGGUGACACCAGAAUAACUGUCUAUGAAAUUGUUGUACCGCGUUUCAGCAGAAAUUAAUUUUUACAUUUAAAA